ACACUCACUCCGACCACGACUCCAGACAUCCUGACACAGAAGAAGGAACUCACUCCUCGCUGUAUCACUCUCGCCGCGUGGCACAGAGUCGAUGAGAGUGGCAGGGGAGAGAGCAGCAGCAGAAAGUCAGGGUUAGGGGCUGAGGGCGGGUGAAUGACAGAGAGCGAGUGGGUGAGUGGCAGAGGGUGCAGGGAGAGGCGAGCGUGAGGGUUUGGGGAAGAGUUGUUGGGGAGAGUUCAUGAAUUAGCGACAAGGUGGAGAUCCGCACGAUGCUGUACGUGAGCAACACAAGCCAGGCGCAGUAUGGAGGGCCUCAGUAUACGACGCUGCUGGGCCCCGUGUCGGCCGCCGGGGUGCAGGGAGCCCCCCGCAUGGAGAGGGGCGGCAGCCCCUUCGGCUCGGAGCCCGGGGGUCCGCUGGCGUCGCCCUCGCCCUACGCGCAGCCCAGCUCCACGUACGAGGCCGCGUCGCCCGCCGCGGCCAUCCCCUCCAUCACGGACUACCCGGGACCACACGGGUUCGACGUCUCCUUCCAGCAGAGCAGCACCGCCAAGUCCGCCACGUGGACGUACUCACCGGACCUGAAGAAGCUCUACUGCCAGAUCGCCAAGACGUGCCCCAUCCAGUUCAAGGUGUUGUCCGUGCCGCCGCCGCCCGCGGGCUGCGUGCUGCGCGCCAUGCCCGUCUACAAGAAGGCGGAGCACGUGACCGAGGUGGUGAAGCGGUGCCCCAACCACGAGCUGGGCCGCGACUUCAACGAGGCCGGACAGACGGCCCCCCCGAGUCACCUGAUCCGCGUGGAGGGGAACAACCACGCACAGUACGCAGAGGACGCGGUCAGCGGGCGGCAGAGCGUGGUGGUGCCCUACGACUCACCACAGGUGGGGACAGAGUUCACCACGGUUCUUUACAACUUCAUGUGCAACAGCAGCUGCGUGGGCGGCAUGAACCGGAGACCCGUGCUCAUCAUCAUCACCCUGGAGACGCGCGACGCGCAGGUGCUGGGUCGCCGCUGCUUCGAGGCGCGGAUCUGCGCGUGCCCCGGCCGCGACCGCAAGGCGGACGAGGAGAACUUCCACCGGCAACAGCAGCCCCUGGACCCCGCGGGGGGCGGCAAGGGGGGCACCAGCGCCGUGGGGGGGCUCGGGGGGCCCGGCAAGAGGCCUAUGAAGCAAGGCUCCCCUGGCCUCCACACAUCCUCGGGCACCAAGAAGCGGCGACUCGGGGACGACGAUGUCUACUACGUCCCCGUGCACGGCCGUGAGAACUACGAGGUGCUCAUGAAGAUCAAGGAGUCGCUGGAGCUGAGCCAGUUCGUGCCCAGCGGAGCCGUGGAGGCCUACAGGCAGCAGCAGCAGCAGCUCUUCCAGCAGCAACCCUGUGACCUCUUCCCCCCAUCUCUCCCCAGGCCGUGCCUGCAGUCGCAGCUCCCCUACCCGGGCCCCCCUCUGCCCAUGGGGCCCAAGCUGCCGUCGGUCAGCCAGUUCGUGGGCCACGGCGCCAUGGGGACGCCGAUGCUGAACGGGCACACGGGGCUGCACGGGGACCUGAACGGAGUGAGCUCCACGCAGCUGCACCUCCCCACGCCCACCCACUGCACCCCCCCUCCCUACAGCCCCGAGUCUGUGGCCAGCUUCUUGACACGACUUGGCUGCGUCGCGUGCGUCGACUUCUUCACGAGCCAGGGCCUGCAGUACGCCAACGAGGUGGCCCAGCUGAGCCCGCAGGACCUGGAGAUGCUGAAGAUCCCAGAGCAGUACCGCGCCGCCAUCUUCAAGGGGAUCCUCGAGCUGAGGUCCCCGCUGCACGACUACGGGACCCCCUCCCACCCGCCGCCCCCGCAUCCCCUGCAGCAGCACCAGCAGCAGCACCAGCAGCAGCAACAGCAGCAGCACCAGCAGCAGCAACAGCAGCAGCAGCAGCACCAGCUGCUGCAGAGGCAGGCGAGCGGAGGAGGGCCCCUGGGAGCGAGCUCUGCCGUGGGGAUGGUCCCCACGGCGGAGCUCCGCGAGGAGCGGAUCAUCGACGCGGUUCACUUCACGCUCAGGCAGACGGUGCAGAUGCCGCGGCACCACGACUGGGUGGAGUACGGGUUCGACCUCCCGGACGGGGCUAAGCGCUGCAAGCAGCAGCAGCAGCAGCAGAUCAAGGAGGAGUACAAGGAGGUGCACUGACCGCUGCACGUGGGAAUGUUGGAGGGCGGCCGUGGGGUCACGGCCGGGGCGGUGAGGACUUGAGCGGUGAUGGUGGUGGUGGUGGCGGCGGCGGCAGCAGCAUCAUCAUCAGCAGCAGCAUCAGCAGCAUCGUCGUCAGCAGCUUCAGUAGCAGAAGCUGUGGUGGUGGUCGUGGCAAUGGGGGUUGGUAUGGCAGCAGCAGCAUGAUCAGUCAUCAUCAUCAUCAAAAUCAUUCUCAAUAGCGGCUUGUAUCAUACGCAUUUGUAGCACUUAUGUAAUCAAUUCCAUUAUCACAACCACCGUCAGCAGCAUCAGUAGCACUUAUCAAUCAAUGCCAUCACCACCGUCGUCAACAGCAGUAUCGUCGGUGCCGCCACCGUCACCUGCACAAGCAGAAAAAAAUCAUCAGCACCAUCACGAUCAUCAUCGACAUUUACACGCACAUUCCUGUUUCUCAUAGCCAGGUGCCUCCUGGGAAUGAGACUCCCAUCGUGGUCUCUUGAGUCCACACCUGGUCACACAGACAAAGACCCCCGUUCAGCCUCAACAGACCGCUGGGGCAAGUGCUGUUAGCGAGUAGCACCUAUGAAGGUCGGCACGGCACACGCGGGGGUGGUUUGCGAGCACCACGCCUAGGCCGCCUUUGUCGAUGUUUUACAGACCGCACCAGGUACUCAUUUGAGGCCGAGUCGACUUAGGAGAGGCCCAGAACCGGUUCAGAUAAUCGUCACUGGUUCUGGCCUUGAGCGGGAAUCGAACUCGGGUUGCCGGGUUCGUAGCGCAGCGCGCUAACCGCUACACUACCGCUCCCUAUACACGCACACACCAAUAUACACACCAUCACACGCACCCUCCCCAACUCACCAUGCUCAUAAUCUUAAUCACAAGUCUUCAGCAACAGAAACAUCACAUAACCGAUGCCUCCAUCAUCGUAUAAUCAAUAUCAGCAGCAUCAACAGUAUCAGAAUACAUGCCUCCAUCAUCAUAUUAUCAAUAUCAUCAUCAGUAUCACAAUGCAUGUCUCUAUCAUCAUCAUCAGCAGCAUCAUCAUCGGCCUGCACGGAUUCCCUGGGGCUGAUGGGAAGCGCGGCGACGAGGGGGCCACUGUCGGCACUCAACCCCUGGCUCGCAGCGACUUUGCUCACAAUGAUAUCUUUUUUAAAAUGUGUAAUUUAUUACAAUGCUCUUCUUCAUCAUCAUCAUCACUGUUGUUAUCGCGUGAGUCGUCUUUGUUCUUGUAGUGGUUGUCGUAGUGAAUGUGGCAGUGGUUGCGGGCCAGACUGCAAACGUGGGAUCACGUGUCGCUCGCUUGCCCGCUCGCUCACAGGGGCCCUUACGCUCCCCCCGGCGAGAGGCGCCUCUCUAUCGCUCGCUCUGUUCUUACGAGGGAGAGAGGCCUGCGACCAGAGGGAGGGAGACCUGGGCUCAGUGACAGCGAGAUCUGGGACCAGUGACAUGGAAAUCUGGAACCAGUGACAUGGAAAUCUGGAACCAAUGCCACGGAGAUUUGGGAACAAUGAGAUGGAGAUUUGGGACCAGUGACAGGGAGAUUUGGGACCAAUGAGAUGGAGAUCUGGGACCAGCAACAGGGAGACCUGGGAACAGUGAGAUUGAGACCUGCGUAGAGUAAGCAGGAACCCUGGGAGCCAAUGGGAGAUCUGGGUACAGUGAGAGAGAUCUGGGUCAAGGUGAGAGGGAGACCUGGGUUCAUUAUCAUCACCAACAGCUUCAUCAUCAUCACACAAUCAAUGCCUUCAUCAUCAGAAACAGCAGUGCGUUGCUGCAGAAUCAUCUGUAAGCAGGCAGCGGUGUCAUCAUCUCUAUCAUCGUCGUAGCGCCACUUGGAGACUUGACCUUGCCACGGGAAUGUGGAAUUGCCACCGCUGGGGAACGCUGCGGCCACUCGGGCCGCUCAAGUUUGGAGGCUUUGCUCGGUGUUUUUUUGCUGUCGUAGCCUGAACGUGGCUCAACUUGUACACAGUAGUUCGAGUAGGCCCGAGAAGAGGCAAUCUCCCCCCUCCACCCCCCCCCCCCCCCUUCUCGCCUGGACCUCCCGUCCCCGGGGGCCUCGUUUAAAACGGGGCAGAGGGAACCGAGUUGACGUGGGACACCCUCGGGCCUACAUGCUGGGCCCUGCGGUUGUUGUUGUUGGAGGGGAGCAGGGGGUUCUAAAACGUACACACGAGGCGGUUUAGUGACGGGCGAGGGAGACGGGAGGACGGUGUGUGGCUCGGUGCCCGUGCCCCUCUCGAAGAGUCUGUUCCUCAUGGAUUAUCAAAGAGUCUGUUCCUAAUAGGGAAUCAAAGAGUCUGUUCCUCAUGGAUUAUCAAAGAGUCUGUUCCUAAUAGAUUCUCAGUUUGUUUCUAAUAUAUUCUCAAAUAUUCUGCUCCUAAUAGAUUAUCAUGAUCAUGUUCCUAAUAGAUUAUCAAAGAGUCUGUUCCUAAUAGAUUCUCAACGAUUAUGUUCCUAAUAUAUUCUCAAAGAACCUGUUCCUAAGAGGCUGUUCUAACAUUUUCUCACCUACCAAGAGGCUGUCCUGAUCGAAUUUUCCAUCUCAGAACCAGACUCUUUAUUUAGACUGGAAGAAUCCGAUGAAUCUCGUUCUCACAGAUGUCCAGUAGGGGCACGGGGUCAGCGAGCUGCAAUCUGUUGGGUGUGUUGUCUCGGCCUGUUCAGAACUGAUUCUCAACAGCCUUGUUUCCCAUCUGAUUCUCAGGAUCAGUUUCUGAUCCUCCCGUCUGCUCUGCUCUGUUUCGCAAGGGUCAAGGGUCAAGGCAGCUGCGGGAAGUCUGUCCCGGCGGCCUCUUCGCCAAAACAACUUUAAGCACAAAUCUGCCUUUUGUCCCCAAUUUUUUGUUGGUGUUCGACUCACGACCCCCCUACCCCCCCCCGGGAGUAGCUGGCAGGGCUGGUGGGAGGGAGAUGCCGGCGGCAGAUCGCCACGCGUCCCCCGGUGGAAGCUCCGAGACAUUUGGCAGAGUGGGAUCCUGUCCGCGUCCGGCACUGGCAAUCCGUUCCCGUCUGGCACCUUAAGAGGGUUGUUCCUGUCCCGUGUUCCCGCCCGCUUUCCCCGCUGUGUUCCCGACUGGAACGCGGUUGGGGGUCGUCGCGCGCCGUCGUGUCCGCUGUCGCGUUAUUGGGCGCUGGGGGUGUGCGGCGUCUGUGUGUGUCUUGUGUGUUAACGGGGAGUUCGGGUCUGGGGCCGUCCAUAAAUGACGGCACGCACCUGGUGGGGGGGG